AAAUGUAGAAAUAUAUGCAGAAGAGGAAGAGGAAGAAUAUACAACAAUUUUAAUACAUCAGCAACAUUUUUUAAAUGAUUUAGAGCCAGAUUGUAAGGAUGAAAAUAAAAAUCCUACAGCAAACACUAACUGUGCCAUCAAUAGAAAACACAAAGUAGUCCCAAAAUUGCCACUACCACCUUCUGACUUUGAAUCAUUGGUUUAUACAAGUCUGUUGUGUCAUAUGAAUGUUCAGUUGCCACUACACCUUGAUGUUGGAGUUGGUGCUUGUGAAACUGUCUGUAAAACAUCAGCUAAGUUUUUAAAAAAGCUAAAAUUAGAUAAAAAUGUCAAAUUGGAUUGGAAUAUUCAUUUAGAUAUUGUGGUAGAUAGUGUGUUAGCAGUUUUCUGGCAAGAUAAUGGGCCAGUUACAAUGCCUUUAACGAUUCACUGUCUUGUAGAUGAAGACUGGAAAGUAAAGUGGGAAAGGAAAAGGCCAAGAGAAACAAGUACCAAUGCAAUAAAAGUGCGUACAGUUUUUGGAUCUAAGCUCAAAAAAAGAUUAAAAAUUCCUAAAGUAGUUGAUAACUAUAACCAUAAUAUGAAUAGUAUAGAUGUCACUGAUCAAUUGCGAUCUUAUUACAAUAUCCAACAAUUAGCAUAA